GCCGCUGGCCAGCGGGCAAUCCCCACGGGAGCAAGAGCCGAGACUUCCUCCGUACCUCCCUGCAGCUACACGCCACCCUCCAUCCGACACCAUGGUGCAGUGGUCAGCCGAAGAGAAGCAGCUCAUCAGUAGCCUUUGGGGCAAGGUCAACGUGGCCGAGUGCGGUGCCGAGGCCCUGGCUAGGCUGCUGAUCGUCUACCCCUGGACCCAGAGGUUCUUCACCUCCUUCGGGAACCUCUCCAGCGCCAGCGCCAUCAUUGGCAACCCCAACGUCCGUGCCCAUGGCAAGAAAGUGCUCACCUCCUUCGGGGAAGCCGUGAAGAACCUGGACAACAUUAAGAACACCUUUGCCCAGCUGUCCGAGCUGCACUGCGACAAGCUGCACGUCGACCCCGAGAACUUCAGGCUCCUGGGUGACAUCCUCAUCAUCGUCCUGGCUGCCCACUUCGCCAAGGAGUUCACUCCCGAGUGCCAGGCUGCCUGGCAGAAGCUGGUCCGUGUGGUGGCCCACGCGCUGGCCCGCAAGUACCACUAAAGCGUUGGCAGGAAAGCCUCAGCAAGCGUUUCCCAGCCAUGUUCCAGUGCACGGGCUGAAAUGCUGUUCCGGAGCCUACAGCUUGUAACACCCAAAUAAAAUUCAUCCUGUGAAGUCUC